GUGACGUCAUCACCGCUCGCAAGAGUUGCGCGUACCACACACCAGCGACGCUCUGCUGAUGACGUCCGCCUGUAAGGUUAGCAUGCGCGAGCUGUGCCGUUACGUCAUCAGUCGGCGCCAAGUUUCUCCCGCCCCGCGUGUUGCUUUCGGUUUCCGGGGCCCGGAAUAGGGGGAAAGACGUAGAAAAUGUCUGGCGGCUUCAGUUUCGGGGCUGCGGGCGCCUCCACCACCACCUUAAAUCCGGCAACAGCCGCGGCGGCGCCAUUCUCCUUUGGAGGAACAGCGGGUGCGAGUAACACUGGUACAUCAUCAUUCGGUCUUGGUGCCUUUGGGAAGCCUGCGACUGGAUUGGGACUGACAAAUACAGCCGCAACAACAACCGCAACAGCAAACCCCGGCUUUAGCUUAAAUUUUGGGAAACCUGCAGGAUCGGCUACACCUUUCACUCUGCCUGUUGCAACUACCUCAACUACUGGGUUUUCCCUCUCAGCUACCCCAGCAACAGGAACUGGAUUUUCUUUGAAUUUGGGUACAUCCACACCUGCUGCUACAACUACUUCUGUAUCGACUACUGGUUUGUCACUUGGAACGCUAGCUGGGCUGACCGCAUCGCCAUUUCAGAAUGCAAGUGCGGUAUCUACAGGUCUUGGACAGAAUCCUUUGGGGUUGGCUGCUCCUUCUAUACAGACUACAACCAAUGAAGGGCUUGGUGGAAUAGACUUCAGUAGUUCUUCUGACAAGAAAAGCGACAAAACAGGAACCAGACCAGAGGACAGUAAAGCACUUAAGGAUGAAAAUCUACCUCAAUUAAUCUGUCUAGAUGUGGAAAAUUUUCAAAAGUUUGUGAAGGAGCAGAAGCAAGUGCAAGAGGAGAUCAGCAGAAUGUCCUCGAAAGCCAUGGAUAAAGUACAGGAAGACAUCAAAGCUCUGAAACAACUCCUGUCUGUGGCGUCCAGUGGCCUUCAAAGAAAUACUUUGGCUAUUGACAAACUUAAAAUUGAAACUGCUCAGGAACUUAAAAAUGCAGAAAUAGCUUUGCGGACACAGAAAACCCCACUCGGCCUUCAACAUGAAAACACAGCACCAGCUGACUACUUCCGGGUAUUAGUUGAGCAGUUUGAAGUCCAGUUGCAGCAGUACAGGCAGCAGAUAGAGGAGCUAGAAAACCACCUAGCAACACAGGCCAACAGUUCCCACCUAACACCCCAAGACCUCUCUAUGGCAAUGCAAAAGCUCUACCAGACGUUUGUAGCCUUAGCAGCACAGUUGCAAGUAAUCCAUGAAAAUGUUAAGAUGCUCAAAGAACAGUACCUCGGUUACCGAAAAGCGUUUUUGGGAGAUCCCACAGAUGUGUUUGAAGCCAGGAGGGCUGAAGCGAAGAAAUGGCAAAGCGCUCCCCGCGUUACCACCGGACCGGCACCUUUCAGCAACAUACCAAACGCGGCCGCCGUCGCAAUGGCUGCCACCCUGACCCAGCAGCAGCAACCUGCUACAGGGCCUCGGCCUUCUCUGGGAGUGGGCUUUGGAGCACCAUUCGGCUCAGCUAUGAGUACUGCUCUGCAGCCGGCUGGCUUAGGCUCUUCAAAUCUCGGAGGAUUUGGAAGUAGUUCUGCUUUUGGAGGCAGCACCACUGGGGCCUCCACCUUUGGCUUUGGAGCUGCAAAUAAACCAUCUGGAAGCCUCAGUGCAGGAUUUGGCAGUUCAUCUACAUCUGGAUUUAACUUCAGCAAUCCCGGGAUCAAUGCAUCAGCUGGCUUAACCUUCGGAGUAUCUAACUCCUCAUCGGCAGGUUUUGGGACUGGAUCACAGCUGCUACAGCUUAAGAAGCCCCCAGCUGGAAACAAGCGAGGGAAAAGAUAGACCUUUUUAGAAAUUAUGUAGUUAGUACAUUGAAAAAUCUAUUUUUCUAAACAAGUACUCUUAAUUGUUCCCCAAGAGGUUUAUAAAGUUUUUCUAAAUGUG